UUGUAAAUUUGCUUAGGAUUGCAUACAUUUCUUAGUAUACUACUAUAUUAAACUUUCAUGGCUAUGGAACUCCCAAGGGCUGUUGGCGUAAGGACCGUGAUUUAUGGUCUCUAGUAAUAUUUAUUUAAAGGUCACAUGUUCGAAUCUUCGAGUGAGCUUAAUAAGAAAAUUUUUCUUAAGUUUGGGCCUCAGAGCAGAAUUUAAAAAAAAAUUUAAAAAAAAAUUUGAUUAUCUAUUUAUUAUUUAUUAUUAUUUUUUUAAAUAUAAUCUUGUAAAUCAUAGUGCCUAUAAAUACAUCUAGGAACCUAAUUUUUGCAAUGUAAUCUCUAGCAUAACCCAGAUAGAAAUGAUAUACCUAAGCGUCAACUUUAUUUAUCAACAAUGAGGAAGGAUUUCGAGAGCCUCUCAAUCUCUCCAAAAUUCUCAAAGAGACCCAAUACAAGAUGAUUGUCAAAAGAUAUCCCUCCCCCUCACAGAUGCAUGGUAUAAAAAGAGUGAACAAAACAAAUAUAACAGACUCAUCCCCCUCUUAACUAACAAGAUUCCUAUGGGGCCACUACAUAGCGAACCUUAUCCUUUCCCAUUCUUCUGGCUAUAGACCUUUAGCACUGGGUCUAUCAUUACUCGUCCCCGAAAGAGCCACCUUGUCUUCAAGGUGGAAGUCAAGAAAAGGGGAUUGAAUUACGUUAGCCUGCUCCCAAGUUGCAUCUUCUAGUAGACUAUCAUCCCACUGAAUUAAGACUUCCAAAGUUGCCUCUGUGGCGGAGGAUUUGCGCAGACCCAACAAUGCAAUGAGGGUUAUUUGUACCGAGAGAUCAGGGGCAAUCUUGUGUGGAAGAGGAAUGAUGGGUAAAUUAUUACCGACAACCUUAUGCAAAACAGAAAUAUGGAAUAUCGGAUGAAUGUUGGAGUCCUUUGGCAAUGUUAAUCGAUAAGCCACCGGUCCCACACGAGCCAUCACUUGAAAGGGACCUACAAAUCGGGGGGCGAUCUUGGGGUGAACAAAGGACGCCAAGGAUGAUUAACGAUAGGGUCGAAAUUUAAGAUAAACCCAAUCAUGGACCUCAAAUUGAACCUCACGACGUUUAGCGUUGGUCGUUUUGAUCAUUCGUUGCUGUGCUCUCAUUAAGUUCAUCUGUAAACGUGCCAACAUUGCAUCUCGAUCCCUCAACAACAUAUCAAUUUCAUUGAUCGAGCUGGAACCCUUGUCAUAAUGUAUUAACGAAGGUGGAUGCCGCCCAUAGGUAGCUUCAAAGGGGGAUAUACCGGACAAUGUAUGAACGGUGGUGUUGUAACAAAAUUCUACCCAUGCCAACCAACGUGUCCAUUGUUUGGGGGUACCCAUGGCAAAACAAUGCAGAUAGGUUUCGACGCCCCGAUUAACCACUUCCGAUUGACCAUCGGCUUGUGGGUGAUAAGCGGUGCUACGACAUAAAUGAGUCCCCCAAAGUCACAUUAGUUUUUCCCAAAAUUGGCUGGUGAAAAUUUUGUCUCGAUUUAAAACUAUACUCCAAGGACAACCAUGUAACUGGACACCACCUCUCUUACAAAAAUUUCAGCCACUAUCUUCGCAGUAAUCGUGUGUUUUAGGGGUACGAAGUGGGCAUAUUUUGAUAGUUGAUCAACCACUAUUAGGAUAGUAUCAAACCCACCAGACAUUGGUAGCCCUUCAAUAAAAUCCAUACUGAUAUCCUCCCAUAUGCGAUUUGGGAUUGUAAGUGCUUGCAAAAGAUUGACUGGUGACAAAGUUAAAUAUUUAGCUUGCUAACAUGUAGAACAUUCCUCUUCAUAGGUCCGAACACGAGCCUUCAUGCCUUUCCAAUAUACUUCACGAGCCAGCCAUUGAUAUGUCUUUAAAGCUCCAUGGUGUCCCUCGAUGAGGCUGUUAUGAAACUCCACUAACAGAAAGGGAAUUGUUGGUGAAUCAUCUGGAAGAACUAACCUCCCCUGAUAACAAAGCACAUCCCCUUGAAGAGAAUAACCGGGCGGAGCAAGUAAGCCAGCUAACAAACUCUGACGGAUAUUAUUCAAACUUUCAUUGUUCUUAAUUUGCUCCAUAAAAAUGGCUGUGUUUAGGUCCCCCACAAUACUUAAAGCACCCAAUUCUAAUGCUGGUGGUAACCGUGACAAGGAAUCAAAUGCCAAAUUCUCUAAACCCCGCUUAUACUCAAUGGCAAAAUUGUAACCCAUUAACUUGGCGAUCCAAUGUUGGUAUUCUUCGGAAAUCAAUCGCUGUUAUAAGAGAAACUUCAAACUUUUUUGGUUUGUAAGAACAACAAAGCGUCGUCCCAAUAAAUACGGGCGCCACUUUUGGACAGCUAAGACGAUGACACUAUCAAUUCCUGGUCAUAGACAGCCUUAAAACGAUGUGUCAGUGGCAAAGCUUGGCUGAAAUAUGCUAAGAGCCUUUGUUGUUACAUUAACACAACACCCACUCUGACUCUUGAAGCAUCGGUUUCGACCACAGAUGGUUGGGAGAAGUCCGGGAAAACCAACACCGGACUUGAUAACAUGGCUGACUUUAACCUAAUGAAAGCAUCCCCAGCCUCCGGGUUCCAUAAGAACUGCCCUUUCUUGAGUAGUUAAGUGAGUGCAAAGCUAGAUCCAUAAUUAGCUAUAAAUCUUCUAUAGUAUCCGGUUAGGCCCAAAAAUCCUCGAAGCUCCUUAACGAUAUGCGGAAUUGGCCAAGACUCUAUAGCCUUUAAUUUGGAUGGAUCCGCUGAUACCCCGGCUGCGAAAAUAAUGUGGCCCAAAUAUUCAAUACUCUCCACAUCAAAUUGGCAUUUUUUAAAGUUGGCAGAGAACUAAUUUGUUCGAAGCACAUCUGGUGUCGAAGCACAUUUGGUAUGAUGGACAUGUGGCCUAAAUGCUCUUCCAAUGAUUGACUAUAGAUCAAUAUAUCAUCAAAAAAUACAAGGACAAAUUUGUACAGAUGAGGCCUGAGUAUAUCAUUGACCAUAGACUGAAAUGUCGGGUUCAUUCUUUAAUCCAAAUGGCAUGACAAAAAAUUUGUAAUGACCCUCAUGUGUACGAAAUGCAGUCUUGUGCAUAUCCAUCACCCGAACACGAAUAUGGUGAUACCCUGAUUUUAAAUCAAUUUUAGAAAAGAUCGUUGCUCCACACAGCUCAUCCAAUAAUUCAUCUAUUAAAGGAAUAGGAUACUUAUCUGGUAUGGUCACAUUGUUCAAUACUUAGUAAUCUACCAAAAAAACGCCAACUGCCAUCCCUUUUUUUUUUUUACCAAGAGGACCGGACUCGAGAAAGCACUCCGGCUUGGCUGUAUAAUGCAGGCCACCAACAUCUCUUGUGCUAGUCUUUCGACUUCAUCUUUUUGACACCGGAUAUCGGUACGGGCGCACAUUUAUCGGCCCGACAUUGGGUUCCAACUUGAUCGCGUGAUCACGGAGUCUCCUAGGAGGCAAAGCAAAAGAAAUUUCAAACACUUUUAAAAGAUUACCUAACACAAAUCUUACCGAUGAUGGCAAGUUGGAUAGAUCAAUCGUAGAACCAUCUGGUUCCAAAUCACCCUGUUCCAUAAUACCCAACUCGAGGAGCAUGGCAUGAUCCUCUUCUCCUAGCAUUUUCAUCAUAGAUUUAAGGGACACUUGUGAUUUCAUCAAGCUUCGAUCUCCUUGUAAGUGCACUAUCCACUCACCAAUCUAGAAAUCCAUCUCGGACCGUCGAUAUUCAAAUUGGACUUUGCCUAAUGUCUCCAGCCAUGAUACCUCCAAAAUGAUAUCAGCAUUUCCAUGAGGUAAAGGAAAUAAUUCACGAGUAAUAGAUAGAUUAGAGGUUGUAAUAACUACUCCCUUACAGACUCCAAUUGUCCGUACGACCCCACCUGUUCCCAACAUUACUCCAUGACUUUCAAAUGGAUCUAUAGGGAUUUUUAGUGAGGACACAAUCUCCUCUGAGAUGAAAUUGUGGGUGGCGCCUCCAUCAAUUAGAACGACGACCUCCCUACCUCGUAACUUCCCUUUUAUCUUCAACGUUUUUUUGGGAAUUUAGGCCCGCCAAGGAGUUCAAAUAUAGGUUUGCUACAUCAGUGUCCUUCGGCUCCAUCGCAUGUUCCUCUAGUUCAUUGAGCUUGGAUUCCAGCUCAUCCCCAAACUCUUCCCCUUCUUGCAUCACGAUGACGUUGAGCUCCUUCUUUUUACAGCAAUGUCCAGGGUUAAAUUUCUCAUUGCAUUUGAAGCAUAACCCCCUUUCUUUCUUCAAUCGCAACUUUGUAUCUGAUAAUCAUUUAGAUGGUUGGGACAUCACAUUUCUUCCUCCGAAUUCGUGCGGCGGUGUUAAUCGUCGUGGACGAAGUAGUAGCACUACGACUAGGGUUAAUUGUGAUCGUCUGAGCAGUUGAAGAACACUCAUUUGUAGUCGACCCGGUUGGGUUAGAAGACCCGCCUGCCCCCGCCCCGCUUUUGUUUGGGCUUGGAUUCGACCCAACAUUCUGAAAUUGUUUGAGCUGAUAUUGCUGGUCAUCUUCAAUUAAUUGGGCCAUCAUCAUUUUAGCCUCUAGGCCCUAGAGUUUUAAUUUCCUCAUUUCACUUUGGAUAUCUUCUUUAAGCCCACAUACGGAUUUGCUUUUUAGGGCUUUGUUACUCAGAUCCUUUAGGCCCGUUGAGUAUCGCUCGAAUUGCUGUCGAUAUGCCCGUAUGAUCAUCUCUUGUCGCAGUUUCAUUUAUCGAGCAUGUUUCUCACCAUGAUCCGACGGCCGGAAUCGCUUCCACAGUAAGUUGUGAAACACACUUCAGCUUUCGACGAGUUCCCUAUCCUCCUUCCAACGAUACCAAUCCAGAGCUUCUCCUUCCAGACAAAGGAUAACGACAUCUAACUUGUCCCUCUCCAUCAACCGAUUCACCACGAAGUAUCUUUCCACACGAUGUAGCCAUCCAUCAACGUUUUCUUCCUCUUCCCCUUUGAAAACGGGAACCUCUAAUUAUCGUAGCCGCAUAUCAAAUAGAGAGACUUCUCGAUUGUUUGGAUUGAAGGGAGCGCCAAUCGCCAGAGCACUGGCCUCCCCGUCACUUGUGGAGUUUGGGUUAUGAUCCCCUUUCCCUUCCCGAGUUGUGUUUUCGUUCAUGGGUUUCUUCCCUUUAUCCGUAAGUGUUUUUUUCGAUGAUGACACUUCUUUCACCGAUCCUCUCCCAACACUCCUAUAAUGCUUGCAUCCAUUUCUUCAUGUCCUCCCUCAUUAAAGAAAAGUUCGUUUCCGACCUCUAUUCCGCAUUUGCUUCUUGCUUCAGCUUCUGCAAACCCGGUCUCCAGCUUCUUCUCCAACACCCUAUGGUGGCCAGAAGCUUUGAUGAAUGGAGCUUCCACCAACCCUUCAACCUCUGCUACUUUGGCCAACAAGCUAGGGGUGUACAUGGUCCGGGUUGGAAGAAUUUUGUGGACCAACCCAAAAAAUUGGAUUGGCUAAUAAUGAACCCUAUCGGUUCAUUUUUAAGGGUAAACCCAACCCAAUCCAAAAUUUCUGGAUUGGGUCGUGUUGGGUCACCGGUUCUUUUUUUUUUAUUUUAUUUUUUUGAAUGUUUUUUUUCGGUUACUUCCCGUUCUAUUGAAUAAUUUGAUUUUUGUAGGUCAAUAAACCUCCAUAUUACAAAAGUGAACUAAUUCUAAAUAUAUUACCAAUUAAUAAAAAUUUAAUAAUAAGAAACUACCAUAAAUUUGAAAUUUUAACAUUUACAUUCAAAUACAACUACCAUAACUUCAAAAGAAACUUCCUCAAAUAAUUCAAUUCAAAUGUUCAAGUUCAAAAUCUCUACUCAAAAUAUUCAAGUCUCCAUUCAAAAUAGAAACAAAAAGUCCAAGUUUAAUAAUGACUAGUGGCCUAUUGCAUAAAAUUCCAAGUUCAAUAAUAACAUUCAAGAGCACCAAUGCACCAUGAGGCAUGACGAAUGGCUUGAAAGAGUUCUUCAUCUUUGGUCUUUUCACUUAGGUAAUAAUAAUAUUUGAUCUUAUGAUAGUAAAACUUACCAUUAAAAUCAUCAUUAUGCUUCAAAUCCAAUUCCUUAUUUCAAAAGGACCGAAGAUGAUGGACUCUCUACAAAACAAAUCAUGCAAAAUUAAAUAUAUUAAUUAUUUGAGCAUAAUAUAUAUUAGAUAUGUACAAUAAACAAUUUAGAAAAUUGCAUUACCACUACUGCUGUCCAUCUAUAAAAUAAAUGAAACUAGUAAACAACUAAUUAUACCUACCUAUAUAAUUAAAAAAAAAACAAACACUAGCUUCUCAAUUAACUCAUAACAACUCAUGUAUAAAGAUCAAUCAUCAAUCAAUCACACAUAAACAGUACAUGUACAUAAUAAAAAUUAAAUUAUUUUAUUCAUGGGGAAGUUUGAAAAUGGUGAUUCUCUGAUUCUGUGUCCGUUGUGACGACUUUGAAGAAUUUAACUGUUCUCAAGACACUGCGAGAUUGAAUAAAAAUUUAUUUAUUAAUAAAUCUACGUUUGAAUGGAAUAGCGAUUUACAAUUCAAAUGAAAGCUCUAAUAAUUUACAAUUGAAUUUGAAUGGCACAAUUGAAUGGCACAAAAAAAAACUUGGAACUCCCAAAGUUAAGGGGUAUAGAUUGAUAUUUGCCCCUUUUUUUAUUUGUUUCCUAGUCUACUUUCAAUUUUUUUUUUUUUUUGAAAUCGUGGUCGAAUUUAAAAACUAGAAAGAAUUUGAUCAAGAUUACUAGAGUGUUUAUAUACAAGUGAAAAAAAAAAAAAUAGUUAUGCAUAGUUUUUAUAAGUGUAAUUUUUAAGAAACCAAAACCUAAAAACAAAACUGUCACAAAAAAUGGCCUUGGCUUUAUCUCGUUGAAAUAUUUGCACUCAACUAAUCAAAUGGUUGUUGGAUAGCUUCGGGGGAAAUGAUAAGCAUCAUUGCUUUAUUGAAGAAAAUACCAAUAUGUGAGUAGUAAAGCUUGGAGCAGUAGGCGAAAUUUUCUACAUUCACGACAUUGACGCGAAUGUGGUAUUAACUGUCUUAUAAAGAUCUAUUUGAACAUUUGCAAAAUUUUCUACAUUCACGACAUUGAAAGUGAAAGCGUGAGUUAGUACCGGAACUGGAAGCGAGGGACUGAGGGAGACCGGGUCGGAAGCGUGAGGCGUGGGUCGGAUUUGACGAGGCGGAGACCGGAUCGGAAGCGGAGGGUUUUCGUUCGGCUAAGGCGGAGGGGUUUCGUUUCGACGGAAGCGGCGAGGGCGACCCAAGAGGCGAGGGUGAGCGAAGAUUCGAUUGUUUUGAUUGGAAGCGGCAAGGGGAACGGCGACUGUGAGGGUGAGGCAACUGAUUGGCGAGGGACCGAGGGUUUCGUUUCUUCGAGUUCGGACUUCAAUUCAAUUUCUGUUUUGUUUUGUUUUUUUUAAUAUAUAUAUAUAUAUAUAUCGACCCAACCUUGAAAUGGAGUAACCCAAGACCCGACCUGGAUUUAAUAUUUUUGAAAAUUUUCAAGGGUUGGGUAGUCUGGGUUAAUUGGGUUAUCGGGUGUUUUGAACACUCCUACAACAAGCUAGUCAUCUUCUCCUCCAAUUCAAUCACUCUAGUUUCCAUUUUCCCCACUAUUCCAAGAUCAACCGCUUUGAUACCAAAGUUGAUAAACCUAGGCUUCAACUUUAUUUAUCAACGAGGAAGGAUUUCAAAAGCCUCCCAAUCUCUCCACAAUUCUCUAAAAGACCCAAUACAAGAUGAUUGUCAAAAGAUAUCCCUCCCCACACAGAUAUAUGGUAUAAAAAGAGAGUGAACAAAACAAAUAUAAUAGACUCAUGCCCCUCUUAACGAACAAGAUUCCCAUGGGUCCGCUACAUAACGAAUCUUAUCCUUUCCAAUUCUUCUGGCUAUAGACCUUCAGCACUGGGGUCUAUCAAAAAACCUAUUUCUUUACGUCUUAAUUAUUCACAAAAUUGACUUGUAAUUCUAUAAUGUUUUGUGGUGCGUAGAAAGGAUGACGGUUAAAUUUUUGUGUUGCUAAAAUCAAUAUUAUUGCCACAAAAUUGACUGGGUAAGUUAAUUCCAAAUUUACAAUGUCCUUUGAGUGUGUGUUUAUAAGUUUAAGCUUUUACCCCAUAUGACAAGAUUGAUUUUUUCCAAUUGGUGAUCCAAUUGGCUACUUGUAAUUAUGUCAGCAAGUUCAGAAAUUGUCAACUACCAAUUUAAAGCUUGACCUGGCCUCUGGGUGACUCUUCCUAUGACGUUGCUUAACAAAAUCAACUCUCUUUGUAACUCUCUUUUCAUUUUUUAUCAAUAAAAAGGAGAAAAAACUCUUUCUAUGUAAUCUCUAAUGUUAGCUAAUGACCUUGUCAUUUCAGUAAGAAUGGUUGGGCUAUAGGAAUAGAAAAAGGGAAAUGGAAGAAAAUUGGUUUCUUUUUUGAGAGAAAAUUGGACAAGGAGAAGUAAAAAAGUUGGGAUCUAACCAAGUCAAUGCUUCAAGGUUCUCGAGUAUGAGACUGAAUCAAUCCCCCCCCACCCACUUCUUUAAGAUUUAGUUUCUUUCUCCAAAAAAAAUAUAUGAAAAGGCUUGACUUUAUGUCGCUUUAUCCUUGUCCAAACCCAACUAACCUUCACCAUUUUUCUGGAUUAAGACUGUGUAAUCUUAGUUUUAAGCUUUUAUUAUUUGUAAGGUCAGCAUAGGAAGGCUCCUCAACAGAUUAGUAUAUUCUUAUCAUAAUAAUUUAUCCAUUGAUAUGUUGCUUGAGAAAAGAGAAUUGAUGAAGACAACUGAUCCAUGAAAAGUAUUUAAGAGGACUCAACGCUCUUAACUACCUCAAUCAGCAAGCUUGGGCUUAAUAAUCUUUCUGAGACUAAACUGCUUGGCCACCAUGAUUGCUUUGAGAAACUCACCUUUAAACAUGCUUUCUUGCUUCAUUAUAUUGUUGCUUCUUCCUUAUCCUUCCUUGUCAGCCGACCUCGAUCCGUUGCAGGACUUCUGUGUUGCUGAUUUAAAUGCUACUAUUUCCCUUAAUGGCUUCCCUUGCAAGCCAGUUUCAGAAGUUACUGCAGAUGAUUUCUUCUUUGAUGGAUUGAGCAAAGAGGGCAACACAGAUAAUCCUUUUGGUUUUGGGGUCACACAAGGAAAUGUUCUUGCAUUUCCAGGACUCAAUACACUUGGGCUAUCCAUGAACCGUGUCGACCUUGCUAAGGGAGGAAUAAAUGCUCCUCACUCACAUCCUCGUGCCUCCGAAAGCAUCGUCGUUAUUAAAGGGAAGGUUCUUGUUGGUUUUGUGUCAACAAGAAAUGUGUACUAUUAUAAGGUUUUGACUGUAGGGCAGAUGUUCAUUGUUCCCAGAGGACUUGUUCAUUUCCAGUAUAAUGUUGGGCAUAGCAAAGCAAUUCUGCUUACAGCUUUCAAUAGUCAGUUGCCAGGGGCUGUGGUCGUGUCUCGAACUUUGUUCGCUUCAAAUCCUCCGAUCCCUGUCAAAAUUUUGACAAAGACCUUCCAGGUUGACGAUGGUGUUAUCAACAGCAUAAAGUCCAAGUUUGCUUAAUUUUACUCUUCCUUUGUCAAUUUUACUGAAGAUUGAUACUUUUCUGCACAAUAAAUCUAAUUCAUAGUCCUGAAUGUGAAUGUAUUAACAUUACAGCAUAAAAGGCAGUCAUGUGAGGGUGUUUUGUAUAAUUCAACUGUUCUUGAUGCUUGCAUUUCUUUCUGUUGUUCAGUGAAAUGUGAAGAUAAUAGAAUAAUAUGUUAAAUAAACAAAUAAACCAAUUUACUUAUUUCGUUUCAUUAUAAUUUUUAUUUUUUACAUCAUAUGUAUCUAAUUCAGGAAGAAUUAUAUAGAGGGCCCAUUUUUAGGGCCAAAUAAAAUUAACCCCAAUUUUGAAAACUAAUAAAAUUUGGCAUUUCGUUUAUGUCAUCACUGUGCGAAAGUAUCAAGUUAACCUCAAGGGCAUUUUUCUUCUUCCUUCUUUGUUUUUGCAUUUUUCUCGCUCAAUCUGCGUUUGCCUUCACUUUCGCUUCUGUCUUCGUCUUCUCUCGAUCUGCGUUUUUUUGCGUUUGUCUUCUCAUUCUCUUAUGCAUUCUUCUUCUUUUGCUUUUGUGGUCCUGCGUUUGUCUUCGUAUUUUGUUGUGAUGACUUCUACGAAUCUGGGAGUGUGCAUGAGAAUCGGAGAGCGAGAUGAGAAACGCGAGCGAGAAUCGAGGAGCACGAUGAGGAGUGCGAGCGAGAAUUAGGAAGCACGGGCAAGAAUUGGGGAGUGCGAUGAGGAGCAAGGAGUGAGAAUCGAGAGUGCGAAUGACUUCGAGUAGUAGAUCCUCAUGCACAUUUGGGAUCAAGUUGGUAAUUUCACAUGAAGUUGACGUAAGGAGAAGUCCAUUUCUCAUUUAUUUUUGAAUCUUUGGUCAUUUUUUAUUUAGGUCCCUCAAAUAAAAAUCUUGGGGAAUUGGAGCGAAUGACAAAAUUUUAGGUUUUUGGCAAAACAACCAAGGAAUAAGAUUUA